AACGAGGAGGAAGAGCUAUGCGAGGGUGCAUCGGAGCUACGCGGAAUUGCCAAACUGGAGCAUGCACAGAAAUUGGACUUUCAUGCUUUCCUCGCGCAUCAUGUGAUGCAUCGCCUUCAUUUGUGGCAUCAUCAAGAGUCUUUUGAGAGUGGUAAUAACGGUAAUACUAGUACCGUUUGGCUCCAUGGCGACGACACUCUUAUCAGUAGUAAGCGUUCAAAAACAACCAUAAAAGAUGUAUCGGGCGUAUGGGGCGAUGACGUAAAUAAUCUCUGGUGGAGCAGACUGAUACCUAACCCGACAGCUAAUAAAAUUACGGCAAGCGAAUUGGUAUUGAAAGAAGGUCUAGACGAAAUAGGAUGUAGAGAUCGACGGUAUCCUGGAGGACUCAGAAUAGUGUUGCCAUUUGAGAAGAAAAAACCGCCGCUUCCAUCCCAUUUCACGCAACUAUCUCCAGAAGAAUAUACGAUACGAAGGAUACUCCAUGGUGUACCCGAGGGAAUAAUCGACUUUCCGUCUGGCGAGGCUCUUCCGUUACAAUCUAAUUUCGACUACAUGGACGGAAUUGAUUUUCGAAAAGGCUGUUACUUGGGACAAGAACUGACUUUUCGAACUUAUCAUACUGACGUCACGCGGAAACGCAUUUUAUCCGUUCAAUUUUAUGCAUCUAAUGACGCAAGGCCGGACCGAUUGUCCAUUGACCGCACGAUUGAAAACUUGAAUGUACAUCCGGGCAGUGUUAUUUAUUCGUCAAAGGACACAAAGAGAAAAGAGUUGGGUAAAAUCAGAGUUACAAGAUGCAAUGUUGGAUUGUCAUUAUUCAGAUUAACUGCAGAUUUGAUCGUCAUGGGUGGUGACAAUAAGAAAUUAAGAAAUAUGACCUUAGUAUCACCAUUCCUUCUGGAGGUCUAUGAGCGAGAGCAAGAAUUAUAUUCGUCAGAUUGGUAUCGCCACGCCUGUAAAUUUGCUAAAGACUGGGUGACUUCUGACAAGAGCCCCUUGAUCCUUGAAAUGUUCAAAGGAUCCAUUACUGGACUACGUCAACGAAUACUAGAUCAUAAUUUAGCUUCAGAUGCAGAGCUUAAGCAGAUAGAGAAGGAUGCACGAAGUUACAUAGAAGAAGCAAAACAGAAGGCGUUGAAAGACGAUUUUCCCAGUUCAUCAGAACUAUUUACAGAU